AUGGGCAACACAGCACCUUAUGUUGUUUCAUUUCUCUUAAGGUUUAUCUAUGGAGUUAUGCAUAUACUUACCAAGGCUGCUUUUAACCAAGGUACAAGUACAUAUGUUCUUAAUUUCUACAGGCAUGCCAUAGCCACAAUGUUCUUACUGCCCAUUGCUUUUGCGAUUGAAAGGAAAACUGCCCCACAAAUGUCAUACAAACUCUGUGUGAAGCUAUUUGUGCAUGCAUUAUAUGGGAUGUCCGCUCCUUUUAACAUAUCAUGUGUUGGCCUCAAAUAUGCUUCAGCAGCUUCUGCUUCUGCAGUAAUAAAUCUCCUGCCAGUUUUAACUUUUAUUUUGGCUCUUCUGUUGGGAAUGGAGUCUUUGCAAUUAAAGCGCUUCCAUGGGAUUAUGAAAGUUUCUGGUAUAGUGCUCUGUGCGGCUGGUGUUACUGUCCUAACGCUAUACCAAGGACCGGAGCUCAAAUCUAUUGUCCAUUACCCUCUUUUUCACCACGCUAGUCAAGUUGAUACUCAUCCCUCAAGGAGCUGGAUAUUGGGAAUUCUCCUGCAGUCUCUUGCGACUGUAUUGUUUGCUCUUUGGACAGUGUUUCAGGGCCCAUUGCUGGAGGAGUAUCCAUCCAUACUGCUUAACACUAGCCUUCAGAUUGUCUUUGCGACUGUUCAAUCUUUUUUUAUGGCUCUAGCCAUGGAGAGAGACUUUUCAAGAUGGAAGCUGAGCUUGGAUGUAGGUCUUGUCGCCAUCGUCUAUUGUGGCGUAUUUGUUUCCGCACUGGUAAAUUACCUGCAAAUCUGGGUAAUCGGCAGGUGCGGCCCAGUAUUCCUGUCGUCAUUCUGUCACUACUCAUAG